AAACAAAGUAAGUCACCCUACAGCUCAGCUGGAAAAGCUGCUGUCUGGAAACAAGGAGUGGGGGGAAAGUCUAGCUACAACUGCUUCCGCACAGCUUGGCAGUUACGAAGGUGGUGGUGGAGAAGAAGCUCUAGAAACUCCAGCCGUCCUUCGGUGCUGCCAUGGAUCUCUUGGGGAGCCUCCUGGUCCUCUGCCUCUCCUGUCUGUUUGUCCUGGCCGUGCGGAGGAAGAGGGCCAAGCACCAGAACCUCCCCCCUGGCCCAACACCCCUGCCGCUUAUUGGGAACCUCCUACAGCUGAAGACCAAGAACCUUAUGGAACCCCUGCAGAAGAUGUGUGAAAAAUAUGGACCUGUGUUCACCAUGUAUUUUGGCCCAGAGCGGGUGGUGGUUCUCCACAGUUUUGAGACAGUGAAGAAAGUUCUGGUUGAGCACGGAGAUGAGUUCACCAACCGAUUCACCUUGCCAAUAAUAGAUAAGAUCAACAAAGGAUUAGGUAUCUUUAUGUCCAAUGGUGAGCGUUGGGUUCAGCUCCGUCGUUUCGCCCUCACAACCUUGAGGGAUAUUGGGAUGGGGAAGAAAAGCACUGAGGAGCGAAUCCAAGAGGAGGUCAAGCACUUGGUGAAGGAACUCCAGGUCAAAAAAGGCCAGCCCUUCAACCCAGCAUUCCUCUUCAGCUCUGCUACCUGCAAUGUGAUCAGUCACAUCCUCCUUGGAGAAAGGUUCGAUUACCAAGAUCAGGAGCUUCUCCAAAUCCAUCACUGGAUCACUGAAAGCAUGCAGACUCAGAGGUCCCCUGUAACACUGCUCUACAACAUCUUCCCCAAGAUCAUGGACUACUUGCCUGGCCCUCACCAAACUUUCUUCAAAAUCCUCUUCAGUAUUCAAGACUUUAUAGCCCAGAAGGUGAAAGAUCAUGAGGAAACCCUGGAUGCCAACGAUCCUCGAGACUUCAUAGAUUGCUUCCUCCUCAAAAUGGAGCAGGAAAAGCACAAUCCCAAGACUGAGUUUACUAGAGAGAACCUGAUUAUGACGGCUUAUGACAUAUUCCUUGCUGGGACAGAAACAGCCAGCACCAGCCUGAGAUACACCUUAAUGGUCCUGACAGAACACCCAGCGGUGGAAGCAAAGAUCCACGAGGAGUUAGACCGAGUGAUAGGCCGGGAGCGUCCUCCUGUUAUGAAGGACCGCCCUCAGAUGCCGUACACGAAUGCUGUCCUACACGAGGCCCAGAGGUUUCUUGAUUUAUUCCCUUUAGGGAUUGUCCGUACGGCACGACGAGACUUUGAAAUUGAAGGCUUUACCAUACCCCAGGGAACCAUCAUCUUUCCCAUGCUGACCUCCGUACUGCAUGACCCCAAACAGUUUAAAAAUCCACAUUUGUUUGACCCCCAAAAUUUCCUGGAUGAAAAGGGAAACUUCAAGAAGAAUGGAGCAGACAUGCCUUUUUCUGCAGGGAAGAGGAGCUGCCUAGGAGAGGGCUUGGCCCGAAUGCAGCUCUUCUUAUACCUUACCAGUAUCCUGCAGAACUUUCGUCUCAAGCACCCUCCAGGAGUCACCAAAAUAGACCUCACAUUGGAUGUCAGUGGGAUAAUGAAUGUACCAUGCCAAGUCCAGAUCUGCUUCUGCCCACGCUAGUCCGCUGCCUCCCCACCCAUAGCAUUGCUGGGGGUCUCACAAGGACUUCCACCUUCUCUCACCGAGUCACUCUAUAGCUACAAAAUAGAUGUGAGCCUGUUGGGCUUCAGAAUUAGAUCUGUUUGUAGCUUCACCCAAUGGAUCCUGGGAACUGGACUUUCAGAAUGUUCCACAGCAUUCCCUGCAGAAGGCACAGACUUCCCAUUUCUUUGUCAGCAGCCUGAUUCAUUUUUACCACACUCAUGAUAAAGUAAAGUAAGGCUGUGCCCCUG